UCAUAAUUGAAAGAAUUCCUGUUCAUCACAAGCCCUCUGGUCGAUAUUUUCCAUUUUCCCACUUAGACUGCGAACGUCUUCAAACUUCUUUAUAUUCCCCUUUUUCUGGAUAGAUGCUUCACACCAAAGCCAGGAUGUCCAUGCGGGGAGCACGCCCCAGUGGAUCUCUCAGAGCAGCAAAGAAGAAUUUGAAGUACAGUGUCGCCUCGAUAGUGGGAGUCGUUGGGAGCACCUUCGUUAUUUGGCGAUACUUUCAAUGGGCUAAGGGCAAAGCUUCCGAAGAACCAUAUAAAUACGGUCGGCCAGCGGUAGUCUCAGAGAACGACGUGGAGUGUAUGAAGGGAAAGGAGGGAAAACAUUCCGCGCGGGCGCCGCAUAACGCCCUGACUUCUCCUUGGCCAUCCAGAGACUGAACUAAGAUGUCCCUGAGUCGGUAGAGAACUUCUUUUCCGC